AUGCUCACUGAGCACGAGCUAUUUCACAUUGGAGGGCAGAAACCAUUCAGUUGCUUCGUGUGUGGGACGAGAUUCUCUCAGUUACUCGCCGUCCAGUCGCACCACCAUUUUCACACAAAGGAGAAUCCAUUUCGCUGCACUUCCUGUGGAAAGACGUUCAAGCAUUCGAUUGACCUCAAAGAACACCAGCACACCCACACUGGACAGAAACCGUUCACCUGCUCCGUGUGUGGGAAGCAAUUCCCUUGGUCAUCCCAACUGCUGACACAUCAGCAAGUUCACACUGUGGAGAGGCUGUUCACCUGCUCUGUGUGUGGGAUGGAAUUCACUCAGUCAUCCCAUCUGCAGAGACACCAACGAAUCCAUAAGUGA